AGUUGAUUAAAAAUUGCCGUCAAGUGAACACACAAAGAAACAUGAAUUUGAUUCUCAUUGCCGGUUUUGUUGUUUUGAUUAUUUACUUGCUGAGUAAAUAUUUUCUGACUUAUUGGACGCGAUUGAACAUUCCACAAUUUGAUGGACAAUUUUUCUUUGGAAAUGGCAAGAAAUUGUUCACAAAGCAAGUGUCGUUCCUGGAAUUUUUUGAGGAUGUCUAUAAGAAAACUAAAAAUCACAGGGUUUUUGGCAUUUAUAUGCUGUAUAAGCCAAUAUUGAUCAUUAAUGACCCAAAACUAGUUCAAGACAUUUUGAUCCGAGACUUUUCGACCUUUCACGACCGUCCAAUGGUAGCUGAAUCUGCUGAAUAUUGUCCAUUAAUGGCAAAUCUGUUUAACAUGGAGGGUAAAAAGUGGCGGGAAUUGAGAGUCAGAAUCUCACCGGCAUUCACAGCUGGUAAGUUAAGAAACAUGAUUCCGAUCCAGAAGACCAGCACGGAAGUUUUACUCAAGUUUAUCCGAAAAAACAUCAAAAAUGGCGAAAAUGUCUUCGAUUUUAAAGACACACUGGCUAGAUACAUAUUAAGCACAAUAUCAUCUGUUGGAUUUGGCAUAGACAAUGACUGCAUCAAUGAGCCUGACAACAUGUUCAGAAAAAUCAGCUUAAUGGUCUUUGAGCUUAGCAUGAGCAACGGAAUCAAAAAUUUCUUAAUGUUUUUCUUGCCUGACUUAUUCACAUUCUUAAAGUUGAAUCCAUUUACACCUGAAGUCAGUCCAUACAUUGUGUCCAUGGUGGAACAGACAAUUGCUCAUCGUGAGAAGAACAAUUAUCAAAGGAACGACUUUAUGGAUCUGCUGAUUAGGCUAAGAAACGUUGGGUAUCUUCCUGCUGAUAAGGAUGACGAAGUUGAGGAUGAGUGGACCAGGAAGCAGACAGAUGUGGAUAGGAUGAAGAAAAUUUCAAUGGAUGAAGUGAUUGGACAGUCAUUUGUGUUUACUAUUGGAGGCUUUGAAACCAUAAGUUCCUGCAUGCACUUCUGCCUUUUCGAACUAUCACGAAACUCACAAGCAAAACAAAAACUUCAACAAGAGAUCGAUCAAAUCCUUGAUUCCCAAAAGUCAGAUGAAAUCACCUACGAUGCCUUAUUGGACAUGAAGUAUCUCGAUUGCUGUAUAAGUGAAACAUUAAGGAAAUAUCCUCUUGGUGGGUUACUAAAUAGAGUCAAUUCUAAAGAUUAUAAGAUCCCAGAUUCAAAUGUGACAAUUCCGAAAGGAACUUCAAUUUUUAUUCCAUUCUUUGGACUUCAACGUGAUCCUCAAUAUUAUGAUGAGCCAAUGAAGUUUAUACCUGAAAGAUUUGAAAGAUCAGUAAAUGGUAAUGCAAAGAUUGAUGAAGGUGUUGUAUAUGCGCCGUUUGGAGAUGGACCGAGACACUGCAUCGGUAUGCGAAUGGCAAGGAUUCAAAUGAAAUUUGGAUUGGCAACACUUUUGAGGAAUUUUAAGUUUGAGCUUCAAGACAAAUUUAUGAUGAAUGAGGAAAUAAAGUUCAAUCCCAAAUUUAUGGUCCUCACACCAAUGAAGCCAAUUUUGAUGAAUAUUUCUGAGAGAAAAUAAAGUUUUAUGUUCAUCUAGGACAGGAGUGCUCAAAUUGUGUGCUGCGACAUCAAGAAUGCUACUUUAGCAUUAAGUAGACAUUAAAUGGGUUUUUUUAAAAAUUAAUUAAAGUCGUUAAUUAUUUAAGCUAGAACAAAUGGUCUAUGGGAGAGGGGGGA